AUGGACUCCGAAGUGGCCUCGGGGCCCUCGCCGGGGGUGGGGACUUCCAGGACUGCGGAGUUCUCGGAGGUCUCGGAGCUCCUGAAAACCCUCCCAGGUAUCAGGACACGUCCUUGCUUAGAGAAAUACUCGGUCCUGGGCGUGAGAAGUCCCCCGCGGAGGAGGCCAGUGAACAUCAUGCCUCCUUUUGGCUCGGAGCCCCGGCUUGAGCCAUCUCUGAGGAGCAGCUCGGGGAGCGACAGCCACUUGGUGUGUAUGGAGAAUGAAGGGAUACCGGGCAUGGUGAUGCGCCCUGCCGAGAUGCGUGCCCCGGAGGGCACGAGCCUUCUUAAGGACAUGUCGCCCACGGAGACAAACCCUGAUUUGGGCAUGAAGUCUGGUUUGGGAUUAGGAACCCAUCCCCCCACGGCCAUGGACAGUAGGGACGAUGACCCGGAGACUCGGCAGAAAAUUCAGGAGAAGGUGGCCAUGCAACUCUCCUAUUGUCCGAAGACCAACGAGAGGUUUAUAAGAGAGCUCUCAGAAGAGAUCUUUUCCCCGGAACCCACCUUGGAGGUGGAGACGGAGCCUUCGUGCCAGUUAGAGGUUGGACUGCCCAGUAGGGUGAUGCCCAAGUUGGAACCGGCUAUCGAGGGCCCUGUAGGGCUGGUGAUAGAGCCACCAGGUUAUGACUAUAACUUGAAGCCUGAAGAACUUCCAAAGCCUGAAAAAUUUUUGGAACCUGGAGUGGAGCAUCCAGAUAAUGUCCGACCCAUUUAUCUCGGGAAAUUUUUUGACCGGACCCCUUGCUGGCCAAGUUCAGAGAUUAGUGCCAGAGAGAUCGUGAAUCCACCAAAAUCCUUUGAACAAGUACAAGAAGAAGCAAAGGAGGGACAUGAUCUGUACGUUGUGUCGCACAAUGAUUAUCAAGUAGGGGAAGUGAAGAAUAGGAACUAUAACCCAGCAAGUUUUCAUAAAUUAAAAACUUUUGGAGUGGAAACGCCACACACUAACAGUGGCCGAAGUUUAGCAAAAUCUUUAUGUUGGCUCCACGAACUACAAAUGAAAAAAGGCAGUAAAAUAAUUUCUAAAAGAGUUGAUGAUUUCAAACAGAAGUAUGAACACCAACUUGGAAAAGUCUGGGAUCCCAUUGCAGACACAAUGACUGUCCCACCAGACCACACCUUUGGGAUAUUUCUGGAACCAGACGAGUAUGGGGCUGCCGACUUAAUCUACAACCGAGUACCAAGCGAGUAUCGUCGUGGCAAAGAUCGUGAGUGGUCUGUCCUUCAAACUGUCCGGCAGCAGCUGAAGAAAGUGAACUACCACAACUUUGAUUCUUUGCUGUUAGCAUUCAGGCAUUUCGACAGGAAUGGAGAUGGGUUCAUAGACAAACUAGAGUUCCAGAGAGCCUGUUUCCAGGUGAACCUGCAACUGGACCAGAUACUCCUGGAUGAACUAUUUGAUUACUGUGAUUUGGAUAAGGAUGGCAGGAUUAACUAUCUAGAAUUUGCCAAUUUUCUGAACUGGAAAGGCAAAAUGCCUAUUCAAGAAUUUGAAGAAAAGAUCCUCAUGAAAGGGAAAAAAGCAUCUGACAAUUCUCCAUGCCUCACUCUUGAAGAGGACAAGUCAAAUCCCUUGAUCAGACCUGAAGAUAUUGUAAAAGAAGAACCUGGAAGUGAAACGAAGAGCCCUCUCACUCUCUCUCGACCAACAGAUAAAGUAUUUGCUGAUUAUAAAACAUCUUCUUCUCAGAUUAAUUCAGUUGUAGGAGGCAUUUCUCCAAUGUGUAUCCCCAUGUGUGGUGUCCCAACAAUUCGUUCUGACGUCGCUGCCCCUCGUUUUCGUCGCAUCAGUGAUAGGAACAAUUAUGGUGAUUCAGGCGAUGCUUAUUCAUUGCUGUACCCAUCUGUCUUCAGUGAAAAAGGAGUGUUUGAAAGAGACUUCUUUAAGGCUAGAUCAAAAGAAGAGAUUGCCCGGAUAUUACGGAAUAUUGGUGUCAGCCUUACUGAUGAGACCUUUGAACAAGUGUGGAAUUUGGCUGCUCAGAAACAUCACAGGAGAGAAGUUUGCAUAGAGUCUGUGAGAAACGUCUUAGAUGAAAUGCAGCAUUGUGAAAGAUUCAGAAGGCAUCAAAUAUAA